GCAAGGGCGGCAGAACAAGGAUUUCCCCUGUGCUCAUAUCACUCCAAACUACUCUUGCGUAAAUGACGGAGCUUGAAAGGGCUGUAGAGGCGCUCAAAGCUGCCGUCAAACAAAGCGGAAUCGACAAGCGCGUCGGCGACGUUGUCAGCCAGUUUACUUCGUACCUUAUUCUUUUGAAAUCGUCGUCUCCUUCCUCACAAUCAAUAUCAAAACUUCGUUCCAUCCUCCGUCGACCUCUAGUUCCCUUGUAUGCUGCCGUUCCUGGACCUGCGCUCCAGCUUUCCUCUGCUGUACUUCGCAAAGUAAUCGAUGAUAAACUAAGAAAUGCUCAGAAUGCUCAGAAUGUCCAACUAAGCGCCUGGUGGAAUGAGGUUGCGGUUGCGCUUUUAUCAGGUGUCCUGGAUUUUCUUGACAAGCACAGUGAUGAUAUGACCAAGGAAACCAUUGCAUCAGCGUUUUAUCCGACUAUAUGCACGCUCUUCUUUUACCAGGACGCCUCCUUGACACUUUUACCACGGACACAAAGGACUGUGAGUACUUACCACUUGAUAGCAGUUUGAUAGCAGCAUAUAUGCGCUCAUUUGUCAUGUAAUCUACGACGACUUUAUUGAUAGGCAUAUUCUGUGUUACACGAAACGCUUAGCGGGCAUCCAGGCAAUCAACGGAGGUUGCGGGAUCCUGCUGUUCUUGGAGGGUCACUAAUCGGCAUCGCAAUCUCACAGUCCAAGGACUACCUUGUAAUCGAGGCCCUUCUGGACAUAGUGGGAUGGCUGAUCCCGAUAACGAACAAAACGGAGAAAGGGACGGCGAA